AUGACAAAUCAUAAGUUACCAAAGGUGACAUGCAUAGCAAGAGCUAGGAUUCCUACAGUUCGCGGACCAGAUAUAUUUCUACACUUAUAUCAGAAUGAUGUAGAUAAUAAAGAGCAUUUAGCUAUUGUCUUUGGCGAAGAUAUACGUUCGAGGUCCUUAUUUAGAUAUCGUGCCAAUGACACACAGCAUAGCCGGAUGGUUCGGGGCGCAUAUGUUGGGAGACUAUUCCCAGGCCGCACAGAAGCGGAUAGAGACACUAAACUUGACAUGAAACUUACAUUUGACGCUUCUGGGGAAUUAGAGGUAUGCCCAGAGACUACAUGGUGUAAAAAGCAGACACUUGUGAGAAUCCAUUCUGAGUGCUACACUGGGGAAACGGCGUGGAGCGCGCGGUGUGAUUGUGGCGAACAGUUUGAUCGUGCAGGGCAUCUCAUAUCUGUUGCCGAAGAGGAUGGUGUUGUGGGCGGCGCCGGCCAUGGGAUUAUCGUUUAUCUCCGACAGGAAGGGCGUGGAAUUGGACUUGGGGAAAAACUUAAGGCCUACAAUUUGCAGGAUUUGGGUGCGGAUACCGUGCAGGCGAAUUUACUCCUAAAGCAUCCUGCUGACGCACGUGACUUUUCGAUUGGAAGGGCAAUUCUUAUAGACUUGGGCAUUGAGGAGGUACGGCUUCUCACCAAUAACCCCGAUAAGGUACGCGAAGUCGAAUGUCCUCCAACCUUGCAUUGUGUGGAAAGGGUUCCGAUGGUGCCGUUAUCAUGGACUACCGAGGGCGAGGGUAUUAAGUCACCCGAGGUGAACAAUUAUCUAGUAACGAAGAUAGAAAGAAUGGGUCACUUAUUGCAAAAGCCCCUAAGAUUGCAUAGGCGCGGAUCCGCUCCGCCGCUGGAAAUGAACACCCUGGGUUAA